AAAAAGGGAACAAAAACGAAAACAAAAGAAGAAAUGAAUUUGAGCACAGCUUGUUGUAGUUCAAGUUCAAGAGCCAACUGGUGGAUUUCUUCAUUCUCGCCAAUCAUCACUACUACUAGUACAAGUACAAGUACAUUCUCAGUCUCAGCAACCAAAUUCUCAUUCCCAUUUUUGCGAUACCCACUUGGUUGUAUUCGUAUUGCUCCAGAGAAAUCCCGUUUGGUUUAUGUCCGCAAGAGACGCUCAGAGUCCGACCAACCAAUCAUCAGCCCAACCAUCGUUGAAGAAGUUUCAGCCGUCGACGAAGAGGACCUUCUCUUUGACGAACUGGAAGAUGAUGAAGAUUUUGUUGACGAUGACGGUGAUUAUUAUGUUGAAGAUGAGUAUGAGGAAGAUGAUGCGGAAACUUACGUUGGGGAUGGAGGGGCAGGGGGUGGAAUUUCUCUUGCAGGGACAUGGUGGGAUAAAAAGGCAUUGGAAAUAGCGGAAGAAGUUUCUCUUUCAUUUGACGGUGACUUGAACAUAUACGCCCUCAAGACAUUGUCGAAUUCCACCAUUCGAGUGCGCAUCGAGAACCUUACUAAGAAGUCUGGUUCCCCCAGUAUGGGAGAUAUAGAAGCUUUUUCUGCAGCAUACCGAGCACGGUUAGACGAAGCAGAGCUUGCUAAAUCCAUACCCGAAAAUAUAUGUUUGGAGGUUUCAUCUCCGGGCGUCGAAAGGGUUGUUCGGGUUCCACAAGACCUAGACCGGUUCAAAGAACGGCCAAUGUACGUAAAAUAUGUCAGUGAGAUAGCUGCAACUGGUUCAUCUUCAGAAAGUGAUGGUGUUUUUAGGCUUGUUUCUUUCGACUUGGAGAUGAGGAGUUGCACUUGGGGUUUAGCAGAUGUGAGGAUAAACAGGGAGAAAGCUGGGAAAGGGAGGCCACUCAGCAAAAAACAACGAGAAUGGCGUUUAGACACACCCUUCGAUUCCUUGCGCUUAGUUCGGUUGUAUUCUGAAAUUUGACCUUUAUUUCGAAUAUGUUUUUCCCCCUCCCUCUAUAACCAUGUCUGUAGAAGAAAUUAAAAAUAUGGCGGAUUAUUAUACAUAAAAGAAACUAAUACCUAAAA